AGCACGGUAUCCGCGCAUGAAUAAUUUUCUGCAGAGGAUGUAAACUUCCGGUGCCGUGAUUGGGGUAAACAGAAAAUGAGUGAUUGUUUGCGGAAACUACACAUUGUAUUGCAUAAUUAAAGCAUGUCUUCUAAAGCAGAAAUAGUCGAACAGUUAACAGCGGCAGUAACAAAUGGAAGAACAGAUAUUCUGCGGUCAAUAAUAUCGGCGGUUGAGAAAGACAAAGAUUUAUACAGCCCAACAUUACUGAGGGAUAUAUUAAAUGAAGUAUGUUGCGAGGAAGGUACACUACUUCAUCUUUCAGCAAAGAUGGGAAAUGUGGAUAUGGUUAGGACAUUGUUAUCUGCAAAUGCUGACCCUGGAAUUCAUAAUGAAGCUGGUAAAACUGCUUAUGACCUAGUGACUGAUGAAAAUGUCCGAAUGGUUUUCAGUGAGGAGCUUCUUCAAGCAACCGCUCAGUCAAAGUUAGGAAGAGUCUGUCAGUUGUUUGCCUCAGGGGUAGACGUAAACCUAAUAGACAGCGAGGAGAGUCAGAACACCCCCCUCCACUGGGCAGCAUCUUUUGGAAACAGGGCAGUGAUUCAGUGCCUCUGUACAAGAGGUGCAAAUGUACGAGCUGUAAAUGCAAGUGGCUGUACCCCACUUCAUGAUGCGGUGAAGAGAGGAGAUGUUCAGGCCGUGACAGAAUUACUGAUGCAUAACUCUGACCCCAUGGCUAAGGUCACUUGUGGAAAAGAGGAAGGCAAGACAGCCAUCGAUUUAGCAGCUGGGAAACCUCAGGUUCUAAAGGUGCUGACAAAUCCUCCCAAACCUCACCAUGAGACUGACCACACAGCAGGAACUCAGUCAGGGCUUCAGAAAUUGACAAUCAAGUCAGACAGUUCAUCUGAAUCAUCCCUCCAUUCCCCAAUGCCAAAUGGAGACAUAAAUGGACCAAUUUCACCAACACCGCAGCUCAAAACUCCCACAUUUAAUAAAAAAAUUUCCUUGGAUUCCUCGCUACAACCCCCCAAACCUGUGAUAACGGAGGAGAAGCUGGGACUGUUGUGGCCCCAGCCCCAGAGCAUUAUACAGAGGGACGGCAAACCAUUCACCCUGGGCAGUCAACUUCCUGUGUACAUCUCAACGGGUCCCAAUGAAAGUUCCAAAGAGGUGCAGAAGAUCUGGCAGACUCGUAAGCCCACCUUUGAGAUGCUGGGUCUGACCAUGGCCGUCAGUGUACACACCCAGCUCUCCAACUCCUCUGUCCCCCACGUUCUGUGUUGUGUCAACAGCCGUGUGUGUCCCGGCUGUGCCAUCUACAAACUCACAAUCUCAUCCAAUCAGUUGAAGAUAGUGUGUAGUGAUAUAGCAAGCCUGCACUAUGCAAUUGCGACAGUCUUUCAGCUAUUUUCCCUGUAUAAAGACGAGGAAAUCCAUGUCCCCCCACUACUAAUAGAUGAUUGGCCAGACAUUCACUAUAGAGGAAUCCUCCUGGAUAUAUCUCAAGGGAGGCUACUCAUGAAAAAUUCAUUGAAGAGGACGAUUGAAACAUUAUCCUUGAACAAGAUUAAUAUGAUUCAGAUGUACUGUAGAUUUUCCAAGAAAGACGAACCAGAAUGGCAAGCUCCGUAUUCCAAAAAUUGUAUCUGUGAGCUAGAUGAUUACUGCAAUGAGAGAGGGAUUCAGGUGGUACCAGUCCUUGAUGUGUCGCCACAGAUCCAGUUUGAAGAUUUGGAUGACCUUUACUCAACCCUACAGGAUUUUAUAGCAAAUUUCCAAAAUGCUCAAUUUGUUAGUCUUGGUCCGAGACUCAGUAGCUUUGUGCUGGAUACAGAUGAUGGUAGCCUGGAUACCAGUGACGCCAUCAAACUGUUACCACUCAGUGGAGACAAAACCAUCCAGAUCUGUGGCUACCCUCUGCAUGGAAUGGAUACAAAACUCCUGUUUGGCAUUCCUCCUAAUGUUCUUAUCAGUGAAUAUGGAAUAGAGGCGGAUUAUGAAUUCAGAAGAUUCUGCACACCUUUAUCAGAGAAAGGAGUGGGUUUCUUCCUUUGUCCAGGAACUUCUGCAUGGAACAGUAUUGCAGGAUGUCCUGAGGCGGCCAUUAAGAAUAUUUACAAUGCUGUGAAGUGUGGAGUCACUCAUGGCUGCACUGGAAUAGUGGCCUGUGAUUGGUCGGGAAAAGCACACCUUAAUAGUCAUGUGUUCUCCUGGCCAGCGUACAUGUUAAAUCUGGGUUUAUCAUGGAAUUCCAAUUGUCACCAGGACUUUCUUUUUGCGACUCUUGGAGAACUGAUGAAUCGCCAUGUAUUUUACGACAAGAAAUCCAUCGCGGGGCAGGCUGUAGUGGAGCUGGGGAGAGCCGAGACUUAUCUCAUCAGGUGCUCCAGGGCACAGGCAGCUGGAGAUAUACAAAGACUUCCUGAUGCCUUAGGCUCCACUCUAUUCAAGUUCCUCAUAGCACCUGACACUGUGUCUAUAGAACACCUGUCCAUAGAAGCUGUACAGCGCACUGUCCGUCAUGUUAAAAAGUGUCAGCAGGAGCUAGCAAAUACAGACCUCAGGUGUCAAGAUGGGGAAGAAAUAAAAUCCGAAUUGAAUCUGGCUUGUGAAUUAAUGCUGUUGGCCACUAGGAUCUGUCGCUCACUCCUUAUCACUGGGAAGAACCCCAGUGGAACAGCCGGGUAUGCAGCAAUUAAUCUAGGCAUCAACAACCUAUCCGCCACAGUCAAAACCGACAUAGCAAACAGAAUCUUAGAAUUCAUGGAACCAUACAAGGCAGCUUGGAACACUCGUUACAUGUCAUCCAUUGGACUUCAAGAAUCUCUAGGCACGUUUCAGAAUCUGCUCAGGAGCCUCUUACCUAAUCAAGACACGGCUGAACUGAUGAAUAGGGAGCACUCCAGCAUUCAAAACGUUUAAUUAUUUUUGUGUAUUGUUAAUUGUUUAAGUUUGUUCAACCCUUUGAUUUUUAUUGUCUGAACAAAAUAUUUUUUUUGUUUGGUUCGAGAUCCAUAAUUAUUCACCACUUCCUGUAUACUCCAGUAUUGUGCAUCUUUAUCGUUUACUGUUUAAAGUGCAUGUAAUUUUCUUCAACCAAAAACAAGAUUUUUAGCCUCUGUGAUGAAUUAUGAUGCAUUUGUUAUGUUUGAAAUACUGCUGAUGUAAUGUAGAUGUGUUUUGCAUUCUCAUUUAUAUGCGAGGGAUGUGUAUUUAUAAUUAUACAUACAAAGUGUGUAAACUAGUGUGUAAGGAUUUAACAUCAUACUCAGUAUGAAGCAGUUUAAAUGUAUGUGUUAAGAUUAUACUUAGUAGAGUUGUGCUUGUGUAACAUACAGUGCAUAUUUCUUUGUUUGAGAGUGAUAUAGUUUUUAGAUGUAUAGAUCCUGUUCUGGUAUCUGCAAUAAAUAUGAUCUUUAAACCACCUUUUUCGCGAUUUACAGUAGAAAAACUGGUUUGAAGUGAUUAAGUUUUGCAAUGAAGGUGUAGAUUAUCUGGAAAUUAAAAACCAAAGGCUUGGAGGAGUAAUACUCAUGAUGAUGAAUUUAAGCUCUCAUGAAAAUUUAUUGCACAUUAAUAAAAGUUGGAUUACAGUAUUUCAAUGUGAUACAUUGUAUAUGAAAACUAAAGUGCUAUAUGCAUGUAUAGAUCAAUGUUUGUGCUUUGACAUCGUAUGAACAUUUAUUUACAUGUAUACGUUCAAUACCAUUGUUACCAGAAUUUUGAUUUUUGAUUUUGUUUUUUUGAGUGCUUCAAUGUAAAAUUUGCAUUCUGUGUAAAAUUUGUGUUAUAUAGACAUAUACAUGUAUUAAGGUGGAAUAACACAUCAUAACAAAAUGGCUGACCUGAGAUCGAAACAACAAUUCAUGUUACAUUUUAUCAAAACGAUUUUAUUGACACCAACAUGUAACUAAAUCAGUAUCCGAGUGGAUAAAGUGUCCCAAGUUCGAAUCCCACAAGGGCAUUUGUUGCUACGGAUACUCACUGAAUUGAAAAAAUUUUAGAUAUUCAUUUUUUAUUCCCAAACUGCAAAGUUUUUGCAUAUUGACUUAAUAUGUACAGUUUAUUCAUCAUUAUAUCAUUCAUAAUCAAAUAUUUUACUGUAAAUUAAAGUGACUUUUUCCAGUUGUGUUUUUCCACCUUAAUUGCUAUCAAGUUAUACUAUUGAUAAAAUUUAUUUUUCCUCUUGAAGAAAAUUUAAAAAAGAUUUGCUUGGAGAGUAUUUAGUUCUUGAUUUGUGUUUGAUUUUAAAGUAACUGCAUGUAGCUUCAGUUUUGAGAGACUUUUUAUCUAUUUUUAUCAUUUAUCACUUUAGUUGUUAUGUAUAUAUUUAAUUGUAUUUCAAAUAUUAUUUCAAAUAUUACACCCAUGUUCAUGUACAUUCAUUAAAGUCUUGUUGUUUAUACAUACAGUAUGAAUAUAAGCUGAUGUAAUAUAAUCAUUUUCAUGUGAGCAUAUUACAUUUAUAUCCAGUCAUUAGUAUUGCAGCAAUAUUGAGAUCUGGUGGGAUUAACAGUGCACAAGACUGUACUUUGUAUAUUCAUGCAAAUAAGGUUUAAUGAUUUAUUCAUUGUAAUUGUUUGUAUUCAUGGAUUUAGCAAAUGGGGAAACUUAGUGGAACUAGCUUAUUAACUUUUACCUAUAAAAUAGUUAACAUGGUUACAUUUUACCUAUAUUCUUAAUAAUUUCUUCUUUAUAAUCUUACAUGAAGAUGGAGAAUGUUAAUUGAUAAUCGCAUGUUGACAUACACACGGUUAUGUAAUGUUUAUAUCACAUGUAUAUAUAUGAUACCGACUUUUACAAAACAAAAGAUAUAAAUUUGUGCAUGUAAAUCUACAUUUAUGUUUGAUUAUUGUAAGUGUGAAAUUUAAACAAUGGACUGGUCACAUUAGACAAUAGUUGACAGGAAAAUGAUACGUGAUACGUGUAUAUGACAUUUAAUUAUGAUUUAUGAAUGAUAAGAAAAUAGCAAUACUCAGUGAUGCAACACUUGUUUUUUUUUUCUUUUGAAAAAAAGAAAAAGAAAUUCUAAGUCUGUGAUGACUCUAGCCUACAUUUUUAAAUAUCAGAAUGGCUAGAAUGAGUUGCACAUUUCUACAUACAUGUAUGUUUCUAUACUAGUGUGCAGUUUUCCAUUUAUUACCAGUAUAUAUAGUAUAAAUGUAUUACCAAAAUGUACAGUGUUUGCAUGUAUCAUUCUAUACUUUCAUGUAAUGAACACUAUUGUAUUCAACUAUUGUGUGGGUUUUACAACAAUAUUUCAACAGUUCUUGUAUCAAACACUGGGUAUCUCUGAAAGUGUUCUUGACUCUCUCUAAUCAAUUGUAGACAAGUCAAACCAUGCAUAAGGGUCGCAUGUUUAUCAAUUUUGCCCAGGAAAGACAUGCACAGUUAUUGCUUGGGCUCUUUGGGCAAAGUGUUGUGUGAGAUAUUAUGAAUAAAUUUAAAGAGUGAAUCUUGAAAUUGUU